UUUUUGGGGGCAUUCUCUGUGUUUAUUUGGAUUUGAUUUUAGAUUCCUCUGUGUGUGCCCCCUAAUUUAGAUAUCAUAUUCCUUUCAUUCAUUUGUUUUCUUUCAUUUCUUCCUGAGAAAAUGUGAGAAUAUUUGCUUCUUUUUUUUUGUUGUGGUGGGGUUUCUUUGGUCAAUACUUGAUUCAAGAUUGAAUUUUUGGAAUCUUUAUGACAUGGGUUAUGAAGCUAUGAUGUGAUUUUGGCUAAAACUUGAACCAAGGUUGAGUCUUUAUGAUCUUUUUGACAUGGGUUAUGAAGAUGUGAUGUUAUUUUGGUCAAAAUUUGAGUAAAGUUGUUGAUGUAGAUAGGAAUUGGAGUAUGACCACCAUUCAAGAGAAGCUGAAUACAACAAGUGUCAACACUGGGACACACAGUUUAGUUGAGGAAAUGAAAUUGUUGAAGGAAAUGCAAGACCAUUCUGGGAUAAAGAAACCAAUAAAUUCUGAACUAUGGCAUGCAUGUGCUGGACCAUUGGUCACCCUCCCACAGGUGGGAAGCCUUGUUUAUUACUUCCCACAAGGACACAGUGAACAGGUUGCGGUUUCAACAAAUAGAACUGCGACAUCACAAGUUCCAAACUAUCCAAAUCUUCCUUCUCAACUGUUAUGCCAAGUUUUAAAUGCUACCUUACAUGCGGAUAAAGAUACCGAUGAGAUCUACGCCCAAAUGAGUCUUCGACCCGUAAAUUCGGAAAAAGAUGUUCUUCCGAUACCGGACUUCGGGAUGAAACCAAGUAGACAUCCAAACGAGUUCUUCUGCAAGACUUUGACCCCGAGUGACACAAGCACUCAUGGUGGAUUUUCUGUGCCUCGUAGAGCCGCAGAAAAACUUUUUCCGCAGUUGGACUUUUCAAUGCAACCUCCAACUCAAGAGCUUAUCGUUCGAGAUUUGCAUGAUAACACAUGGACUUUCCGUCACAUAUACCGCGGGCAGCCAAAACGACACCUACUUACCACGGGUUGGAGCAUGUUUGUUGGCGCUAAAAGGCUUAAAGCUGGUGAUGCCGUUCUAUUUAUCAGGGAUGAGAAGUCACAGUUACUAUUGGGAGUACGUCGAGCAAAUCGUCAAAAUACAUCUUUGCCAUCAUCGGUUCUAUCUGCUGAUAGCAUGCACAUUGGAGUCCUUGCUGCCGCGGCUCAUGCUGCUGCUAACCGAACCCCUUUUACAAUAUUCUACAACCCGAGGGCAUGUCCUUCGGAAUUCGUGAUUCCAUUGACGAGGUAUAGGAAAGCGGUCUACGGUACACAACUUUCAGUUGGCAUGAGAUUUGGAAUGAUGUUUGAAACCGAGGAAUCCGGAAAACGCAGAUACAUGGGCACAAUUGUUGGCAUUAGCGAUGUGGAUCCAUUAAGAUGGCCCGGAUCCAAGUGGCACAAUCUUCAGGUCGAGUGGGAUGAGCCCGGUUGCGGUGAUAAGCAAAGUAGAGUUAGCCCGUGGGAUAUCGAGGCUCCGGAAAGUCUCUUCAUAUUUCCUUCACUCACUUCGAGUCUUAAACGACCAUUUAAUUCGGCUUUUCUAGGAGCGCAACCCGAAUGGGACAUGAUAAGCCGACCGUUCAUGCGGGCCCCGGAUACCAUAAACGGAAACUUUUCAAACCCAUCGAUGCCUAACCUAUGGCCGGAACAACUCAUCAAGAUGUUAAUGAAACCUCAAAUUGCUAACAACUCCACAACCGUUGGAACUAACAUUCAAGAAACUUUUCCCGCCAAUAGAAAUCAGUUGCAACUCGACAACAUGCAAAACCGCCCCCAGUUUCAACUUAUUCAAACUAAUGCCGCCAUAACCACCACCAACGCUGCCACGGCCACCACCACCGUAGUGUCAAGCACGCCACCACAAUCCAGCCCAAAUCCUUCUGGAGUCCAACAGCCUCAACAAUCGGAAACCGUGAAAUCGGAAUCGAAACCAAUCAACUCUCCUCCGAGUCUUGCACAAGAGCUUCCGUUUCUUAAUCAGUUGUCUCCGUUUGAUUCGAGCAUACUUCACGGUCAACAAUUCGAUUCGCCUCAGAUUGAUUCUUCUAGUCUUAACGGGCUAUUCCCCUAUGCGGAUACUAAUGUACUGAACUCGUAUCCGACUCUUGGUCAGGAAACGUGGGACCCACAAGUGAAUAACAACUCCAAAUGUUUUGUACAACAGAACACAUGUCCCUCAAACGCGUACGGUUUCAAAGACUUAUCAGAUGAGAGCCACAGUAACCCUCAAAAUGGCAACGUAUACAACUGUCUCAAUUUCGAAGGUAGUAAUGCUGGUAGUACCGUGGUCGAUCCUUCGGUUUCUAGUACGGUUUUGGACGAUUUUUGCAACUUGAAAGAUAUUGAGUUCCAAAACCCGUCUAGUUAUUUAGUGAGUAACAAUUUCAGCUCGAGCCAAGAUGUUCAGUCGCAAAUCACGUCGGUUAGCCUUGUCGAUUCUCAAGCUUAUUCCAUGCAAGAACUGCCCGAUAACUCGGGUGGGGCCUCUUCUAGCAACGGGGAGUUUGAUGAUAGCGCGCUUUUGAACAACAACACGUGGCAACAAGUUGCUCCUCCUCCCCGUGUACGAACCUACACGAAGAUUCAAAAGGCGGGAUCGGUUGGGAGGUCUAUCGAUGUGUCGAGCUUCAAGAACUAUGAUGAACUUUGUAGUGAAAUUGAAAAGAUGUUUGGGCUGGAAGGAUUGCUUAACGAUUCAAGAGGAUCGGGUUGGAAGUUGGUGUAUGUAGAUUUCGAGAAUGAUGUUCUUCUAGUCGGAGACGACCCAUGGGAGGAAUUCGUAGGGUGUGUGCGAUGCAUCAGGAUACUCUCACCUUCUGAAGUUCAGCAGAUGGGUGAAGAAGGAAUGCAGCUUCUCAACAGCAAUGCAGCAUUGCAGGCCGAGAUGAACGGUGGCUCGGUAUCCGACAAUGGGCCCCGCACUUGGGUUGGCCCCACAUGAACUAACCGCUCUUAACCAUCAUGGACCGGAACUAGCCGCUGUUAGCGAGGAAACAACCCAUUAUUGUAGCUUUAUUAUUAACAUUUGAAGCACUAUAUUAAUCCCAGUCUCUUGAACAAGUAUUUUCUAAUAUUAUCAUAGAUUUAUGAAAA